AUGACAGAAGGUGGAAUAAGACGAGAGCUAUUCAUUACAACCCUGGUCGGCGGCAAACAGGUUUCUCCGGAAGUUCCGCCUCUUUCAAUCAUUCACUGUUCUGUUGACUACAACCGCGACACACUCCAGUUCAUUCAACAACAUCUGCUGCCAUCCAGGCGUCUGGUCCAAGGGUAUCAUAUGGAAUUAGAGCCAUUUCUUCAAAUCCGUAUCUAA